GGGAGAGAGAGGGAGAGAGCGAGGGUGGCAAGGAGCGGCUCACGUGGCCAACAGAAAGCAACAGUAACAGCAACAGGAGCGAGAGGAGCAGCGCCUAUCUGUGUCCGUCUGUUUGCGGUGGUGAUGAGUUGGUGUUGAGCUGGUGUUGAUGGUGGUGGUGAAGGUGUUUACGUGCGGUGGUUGUGGUGAGCGGUUAUCAUCACCCAGCUAACGGUAACAGCAACAGCGUCAUCUGGUGUUGAAGUGGUGAUGAUAUGGUGUUGAGUUGGUGGUGGAGGUGUCUUACGUGUGGUGGUGUUCGGCUGACAUCACCGUGACGACAGCAAUAUAACGGUACAUAACAGCAGCGUCAUCUGGUCAAGUGGUGAUGACAGUGGUGUUGACGGUGGUGUUGAAGGUCUCUAUACGUGUGGUGGUGAUGACAGCAAAGUGGUGACCGCAUAACACCGUAACACCACCAAGAUAACGGUAUACAAAGGCACAACGUCAUCUGGUGUUGAAGUGGUGAUGACAGUGGUGUUGACGGUGGUGUUGAGAGCGUGACCCAACAGCAACACCAAGAUAACGGUAUACAAAGGCACAACGUCAUCUGGUGUUGAAGUGGUGAUGACAGUGGUGUUGAGAGCGUGACCCAACAGCAACACCCACAGAAGAAGCAUCAGGGGGUGUUUGGUGUUGACGCUCGAGCAUAACAAGAGGAGGAGAGUCAGCUGGUUGUGGUGGUGGUGGUGGUUGUGUUGACAGUGCAAAGUGGAGGUGACAAGUGGAGUUGAGACCGUGAGAACCGCCCAUCGUAACACCAAAAGGAGGGAGUCAGUGUUUUGGAGGUGACAAUCACGCCCUUGACCAUAACACCAGCACAACCAACAUGAGGUAGUGGUGUUGAUUAGUGGUGUUGAGAGCCUCCCAGCGUAACACCAGCACGAGAUAGCUAACAUUUUGGAGGUGACAUUAAUACCCUUGAAACCAUAACACCACCAGGAUCGACGGGAGUGGUGUUGAAAGCCUUCCAGCGUAACACCAAGACGAGAUAGCUAGCAUUUUGGAGGUGACAUAAGUACCCUUGAAACCAUAACACCACUAGCAGGAACAGGAGGUGGUGGUGUUGAGGGUGGUGUUGACAAGUGGAGGUGCCGGUGGUGGGUCCCAUGUGGGUGGUGAUCGUGGCCCCCUGGCUGGUGCUCCUGCUGUACCUGACCUUCCUGCUGGUGGACGUGUAGGCGGGACGCAGCAGGGGCAGGAGGAGGAGCAGAAGGAAGGAAGGAGGUGGAAGCUAAAGUAGGAAGAAGAAAAGAAGAAAGAGACGAGAGUAGGAAGGAAGGAACGAAGGAAGGACCAAGGGGAGGAGAGGAGAGGAAAAAGGAAAGGAAGAAAGGACGGAGAAGGAGAAGAGAAGCGUAGGAAGGAAGAAAGGAAGGAACUGAAGGAAAAGGCAAGCGUGCGAAGGAAGGAAGGAAGGACAAGGAAGAAGAGGAGGCAGUGGGAUCAGAAAGAAGGAAGAAGCAAUAGGUGUAGACGAGAGAAGGAAGGAAGGAGGAGACGAGACCAGGAGGGAAGAAAGGACAAGGAAGAAGAGGAGGAAGGAUCAGAAAGAAGGAAGAAAGGAAGAACCAAGAAGAGUAGACGAGAGAAGGAAGGAAGGAGCAGAAGGAGGAGACGAGACCAGGAGGGAAGGAAGGAAGGAAGGACAAGGAAGAGGAGGAGGAAGAGGGAUCAGAAAGAAGGAAGAAAGGAAGGAAGUGAGAACCAAGAGGAGUAGACGAAAGAAGGAAGGAAGGAGCAGAAGGAGGAGACAAGACCAGGAGGGAAGGAAGGAAGGAGACAAGACCAGGAGGGAAGGAAGGAAGGAAGUGAAGAAGGAAGCACCAGAAGGAGGAGGAGGCUGAGUAUCGAUCCUGCCGGCGUGCCUCCCGCGUGCCCCGCCCCCAGCGCCGCCUCCUGCGUGUGUGCGUGUGUGUGUAGGAUUGUCGAGGCCGUGUGCGUGUGCGUGCGUGUGUCAGUGGAGGGUCGCGGCUCAGCACGCCCGCGGGCCGCCAUGAGCUGUGCCCCGCGCCUGGCCUGCCGCCCCUGCACGCCCCCUCACGCCCACUGAAAGACGCCCUGCCUUCCCUACCAUGUCCGUGAUGAUGAGCUUCAACGGCGUAGGCGGCGGAGGAGGAGGUGUGAGUGGAGGUGCUGGAGGAGGACUCAGUGGUGGUGGUGGUGGUGGUGGUGGUGCAAGCAACAGUGACGGUGGUGGUGGUGUUGGCGGCGGCGGCGGCGGCGCUGGUGGGGGUCUCGUCCCUACCGCGGAAAUCUUAUACCAAGACAGUGAGUGUGUCCUGACGCCCCCAGGCCCGCUGCCCGCCCCCAUGGAUGACUCCCCCGCCCUCAGCCCCAGCCUCGACCCCCUGCACUUCCCGGACUACCCCCUGUCGCCCCCCGCGGUCUCCCCCAGCACUAGCAGCGGCGGCGGCGGCGGCGGGGAGGGGGGCCGAAGCAGGAGCAGGCGCCGAAGGACUCCCCCGAAGGCCAAGUUUGACAUCAACGACAAUUCUCUGUACUCCGUCUACUGCUUCUUCAAGAGUCUGCUCAGCGCCUCUACCGCCAGCACCGUAGCCAUUGACAACAAGAUCGAGCAAGCUAUGGAUCUGGUCAAGUCCCACCUGAUGUUCGCGGUGCGGGAGGAGGUGGAGGUCCUCAAGGAGAAGAUCACCGAGCUGCUGGACCGCAUCUCGCAGCUGGAGUACGAGAACAUGGUGCUGCGGCAGUACGCGACGCAGGAGGCGCUGCAGAAGAUACAGCAGCACCACGCCUCCAACACCUGAGCCGCCCCAGCCCCUGCCGCCCACCCCGCCCCUGUCAUGGUGAGGGGCGGCCACUGACACUGUGCGCUAAGUCAGGCCGCCCCCACGCCCGCGCCGCCGCACCCCGCGCCGGCCGGCAGCAGCAGCAGCACGCCCGACGCAGCGCACCGUCGCCGCGCUGCUCCUCAUCGUCAUCCUCGCCUCGUCGUCACCGCCAUCACCCAACACUCACCAUGACGGCCGCCGCGGCUCGUAACCUUAGCCUAGACGCUCUGUAUAUACUCCAGUCAGUCAGGCAGGCAGGCAAUCAGUCAGUCAGUCAGUCAAUGGCUGAGUCAGUCACUUUCCCGCCAUGUUUAUACAGAUUAUUUUUGUUGGCUAUCCAUACCUAACGAACUGUUACUAGUGAUCGUAGCGAUGCGCCGCGUCGAGCACCGCCACCGGCAGCACAGUCACCAGUCAGUCACCAGGCCGGGCGGCGCGCGGCGGGGGUCACACGCCACAAUCCAUUCAUUCCAGGCCGCCGUGACCCCCGCCCCACCGCGCCCCCCUACUCAAGAUAUUGUUAUUAUUGUUUUGUAUAGUAGCGAAAUGCCUGCGUGGGAAGGCCGCGGGUCAGGCAGCUCCUGGAGAAGGAUGGCAGCCUUGCCGCGUCCCUGUGCCUUUCCUCCCACACGCCGGGCAAGGCUUGUGAUAACGCGACCCUCGGCCUUCACCGGACCCUCAUAUUGAGGGCCCUCCGCUCCGUGAACAGGGAGGCUGUGAGGCGCUGUGCCGUUGCUGCACUGCCCUGCGGGGCGGCGUCUUGCUCGCCGCCCCACCGCCACCACCAGGCUCAUUAACUCUGUGCCCGGCGGGAGCCCCACUGUCCGGGACUCCGGCAGCAGCAGGAGCAGCGGCAGCAGCAGCAGCAGUCAUGUAUAACUCAGCUUGUAGAUCAGGUUUUCGCCACCACACCCCCUGUCUUAUGCAGCAUUUGUAUAACAUAUUAAAGUUAUUAUCAUGAAA